AUGGUGCCUGCUGUUUCACGUCUUGUGGAAGCAGUCAAUUUCCACCCAUUCGGUAUAGCCCUCACAGCUUCAUUCCUACGGCUGCAUGCGGGACAGUCUGUUGAUGACUACUAUCGGGAACUACAACAAUUGAAAGCAAAGACCAGCAAUCAUGAAGGCAUUCCACCAGAAAUUUCGAUCCCACUUUCGAUACACUUGAAAUCUCUGGAAAAUACGCCCUCUGGUCGUUUAUUGACAUUAUUUGCUCUGAUAGAUGCUGAUCGGAUCACGGAGAAGUUUCUGAGAGUCAGUCAAAAAGCGGUACCGACUAGUUCUCGGGAAAAUCGGUUGUCCUGUUUCACCUCCGCUGAGUUCCAACCAGCAAUGACGACACUCAGAUCACUGUCACUAUUAGAGAAGGCAAGAGACGCCGAUGGAGGUUACUUCAAGGUUCCUAAGUGCGUGGGAGAGUGUGUGCUUCAUAGGCUGCGCGAAGAUUCGGCAAAUUUCCAGACCGCGGUUGAAACGGCCACUGCCUGGCUGUAUUCGAUCAUCGCCUCAAACAAUAUCAAUACAGUGGAAGCUCUAAAUAUCGCCGUACCAUUGAUUGGACAGCAUUAUAUCUCUCUCAGUAAACACUCUUGCGGAAGAGACUUGUGUCCGAGUCAAAGAUUCCAGUACCUCGGAACACUAGUUUCUCUUUACCAUCUUCGAAAAGCAGCAAGUUUAGGUUUCAUGGUCUGCUUGAAAAGGUCAUUCCGAGCAUGGCUAUUACGAAAUCGGGAGCUAUCUGGAGAGGACUCUAUUGACCCUUCGCUCUAUGACGAAAUACCACCGUCAAUUCCACAUCCAAACGAAAAGACUUCACUGUGGCAGGGAACCGAAGCAAAAGUCGCAGGACCAGUAUCGUCCGUUCUCUGGAAGAAUGUCGAAGGCCUAAUGAUCGUCUCCGCCAUAUCACGUGCAUGGUUUACAAUUAAAGAAGACAUGCUAGCCAUAGCAAGGAGAUCAGCAGGAAGGUAUGCCGGUGCAAAGGCUGACGAUGUGGAGGACCGAGUCGAUAAAGCCGCUCAUGAGGCAAUCACUGGAGUCGUCGUAGGGGCAACGAACGAUUAUGUGCGUAUGGCUGCAGAAUUUGGUUCUGGUUCCGGAACGAUGGAACUACCCGACUUGGUCGCCCGGGCGGUUACAUAUGGUCUGGAUGACUGCGCCGAUAUCCGCGCAUUUUCCGAAGAUGACCUUGUCAGCAUCAUAUCUGAUGCAAUAUCCAGUGAUAUGUUCUCGCUCACGUGGCUAGCGGGCUGUGCCUGGGCUUCAGUGCUGGAACGGCAGAAACAUAGAAUGGCCGUUGUGUUGGAGUCUCUGGUUCAGCAGUCUACCAAUCUUGAGGCUCUGAGCGACACCGCACGGUUCACUAUCGAGCAGCUUUCAAAGCGAGGUAUUCAGGAUUAUGUCGGCGAAAUAAUAGAAGCUACUUGGGAAGCUAUUGACAGCGCAAGAUGCUGGGUUGCCGUCAUCAUCAGACAAGGACUUGGCCUGGCAAUGAUGUCACGUAUGGCCAAGUCCGCAGAGCCUUAUUCUCACGAGAACUUCGGCUCCCUGAGAGUGUUGGUAUAUGACAGUAUGGAGCUACUUGCCGGAGCAUUCUCGGUGAUAUCAUCUGAAUAUCCGCCCAACUGGGAAUGGGCUGCUUUGAUGAGGAGCAUCGCCCAUCACUUUCGAGCAGCCGAGCAAGGAACACAACUUACCGACGUAGCUGGAAUAACCCCAGAGGUUAAGUUUUGA